AUGUCUUUUGGGAGAUAUCCAGAAACCGGAAAUACAACGUUCGUGGUGUGGGGAUGUGUCUACGACCAACGGUACAUAGAAACUGUGCUCAAAAUACUUAAAUACCAACGUGCUCGUGCCAGCCGGGACAACGCUGCACCUUACAGGUCACAGGACACAUACUUCACAGUGAUAACAACAACAAAGUACGACUCGGCACUGUGGCAACAUUCAACUCGUAUUGUAGUUGUAGUGACCCGUCCACACGACGAUCGCGCGGGUUGA